UUGAGAUUUCAGUUGGUUCUCGGCUCUGAACAAUGGCUGUUGUCUUGAUUUUAGUCUUCCUGGUGCUGGCCUUUGCGGGAUACGUUGCGUACGUUAUCCAUACAAAAGGCAUCGAUCCCAAGGACAUACGCAUUCGGAGCCUCCAGGACGCCAAAAAGCUCCUCCAGCCUCCGCCCAGUGGAAAUGGCCCACACAAAUACCUGGAGAAACGGGCUUAAUGAAAGUUGUUUGGUGGACUCACGUUUGGCCGGCGUGCUUGUGGCUCCCA